CUUACUAGGAUCUUCAUCGACUUCAUCAUCGACGAUGGCGACAAAACGCAAAAAUUCAGAAGCGAUAGAUCUGACGACGUCUUCUACAUCGUCUAUGUUGUUACCGGCGCCAUCUACUAGUAGAAACCGUCUUCCGCGCUCUGCUACCAGUUCCAGGAGUAGCUCACAGGCUUCUCGUUCACAGAGUGGCGGACCAAGAUCAAGCGAAGAUACGACAUUGCUACCAGAUCAUGCAGAAGAAAGACUCUCGCAUCACAGGAGAAAGAGACGCAGAAUUGAUGUCAAUAGCGAAGAGCAGAACGACGUGCACCAGCUCUAUGAAGCACGUCCGAGUCUGCUCUCCAAUCUCCCAGAGAACAAUGUCUUAGAGGCAAGCACCUCGUCACAGGUCGCAUCAAGCUCACUGCUGUCGACCGAGGAACUAGAACUUGUUGACCAACCACCGCCCACCCAAGAGUCAGUAGCAUCCCAGGAUUACUCAGAUGCUACAGAUGCAGGAGCUGAAAUUGACAUCGUGGAUCAAAGGGGAACAUCUCCAUUAGUCUCCGAAAUUACCAGUGUCCCUGCAGACGACGUAGUCGUGGUUAGCCCUACGUUGUCACCGCAUCGAACUCUGCCUUCGCUGCGCCCAAUUGUCAUCGAUGAUCCCAUUUCCCUAGAGAUGACGGGUGUAUUCACACCCGAACCAACUACAAGUCAGAAUCCUUAUGUUUCUCCCCUGAACGCCACAUCUUCCUCAUCGUCCGCGCCGGAGCCACUAUCCGCUUAUACAUGUCCCAUUUGCUUCUCACCUCCAACUAACGCAACUCUGACACCUUGCGGUCACAUUUGCUGUGGAGCAUGCCUCUUUGCUGCUGUCAAAUCCACAGUGAAGCGGAACAUGGUGAUCGCUAUGGACAGAGCCCCUGUUCCAAGAUGUCCCGUUUGCCGCGCCGAAAUACCUGGGUGGGAUGGACGAGGGGGAGGGGUGGUUGGGUUAAAAGUGGAGGUGGUUUUUUCUCUUUGAAUUUGAGCACGCCUCGUGUGAUGUGAUGUACACAUGCAUAUGUUAUAUUGACCAUGCUUGAGACACAAGAGCUUCUGGUCGAGGCAAUAUAAUUCCAAUAACGACCUUCUAGAAAUCACGUAGCAGUGCAAUCAUAGCUAUCCCUUUCCGAGUCA